UUCCAGAAUCCUUAUAUAAUUUUUGUACAUCAAAUUACAGAAAAUUGGACCCAUUAUGUUUAAAGUCGCCAGCUUCAUUGCAGUCUUCCUAGUUUUGACUACAAACUGGCGCGCAGACGCGCAGCGUAAGUGCGACUGUCGGGUCGUGCGGUGCGCAGGAGUAGACGCGCGCACGUGCAAGUAUGGCGUCGGCCUCAACGCCUGCGGCUGCUGCCAAGUUUGUCUACUUGGACCUGGUGCUACUUGCGGAGGACCUGCUGACAUAGAAGGAAAAUAUGGCACAGGUCUGACUUGCGUUAAAAGAGACGUCACAAAAUCGAAUUAA